GGAGGGGGUGACGGACACCGUGUAUAAAUAGCACCACAACCACACCUGCACUUGAGGAGAAUCUGAUGAAGAGCGAAAUGCAUACCGUCGAGCUGUUCUGCGUGGCCUUCCUGUGCCUCUGCCCCAUGGCCUGGGCCUCCUCCAGCCGCGAGCCGUGCCGAUCGCCUUCUAAGAUCAGCGGCACGCUGUGUGUGAGCUCCACCAAGGACGAUACGAUCGCGUGGGGGGACUUUAAGUACGACUCCACCCAUAAGCACCUCCACUUUGUGGAGGACAGCAGCAAGUCGAACAAAACAUCCCACCUGGAUGUGCUCAUCCACUUCGAGGAGGGUGUGAUGUACGAGCUGGACAGCAAGAACGAGAGCUGUAAGAAGGAAUCCCUGCCGUCUCACGAUCACCCGAUGGAGGUCCCUGCCGACGCCAGUCACGUAAACGAGCUGUACAUGGGAAGCCCUGAUAAGUCCGAGCAGGGCCUCAGGGUGCGUUUGUGGUCCGUCAACAUGUCCGACCACGACACACACCACCCACAUGCCCACUAUUCCAUCAUGACUACUUCCUGUGGCUGCCUCCCCGUUUCCUGCACCUACCACAGUGAGAAGAAUGACCUCAUCUUCAGUUUCUUCAACGUACAGACGGAGGUGGACGACUUACAAGUGUUCAACCCUCCUGAUUACUGCGACGGCGUGGCCACCGAGGACGCGUCCGACGACCACAGCUUCUUCGACCUGUUCCACGACUGAAUGUUCAAAUAAAAAACACCCGAAUCAAUCGACACGCAGGAUUAUGGCAUGAAUAAUAAUAAUAAUAAAAAAAAAACAACACAAAAAAACCUUCAAAAAACUGUAUCCACUUUCCUUUUUUCUCUCGUUCUUUCUCUCUUUUUCCUGAGCGAAUCUGCUCUUCUGUAGUCUGAUCAGUGUCUCUGUCCAGAGUGCUGUUUUGUCUUUUAUUUUGUAACUGUUCCUUUUGUUUCUCAUGAAGUCAAUAAAUGCUGAGUAAUUCA